CUGGUGCCCCGUCAUUCUAGCCUUCUAGUGGUCAAAUACAAACAGGCCCGGUGUCGGUAUCAGGUCCAUGUCCAUUUCAUGUGCUGGACCGGGGAAUCAACACGACGUUUAGCCGCUGGUACCGUGUUCCUGGUUCCGUUUCGCCCAGACCUUGUGGCGGUCCUUCUCAAGGGGGUGGAGUCCUUUCUCCAGCAGUCAUGUCAGGCUUCAACCUGCUGCACCUAAUAACCAAGAGUCAGCCGGUGUCCCUGAGGUCCUGCAGCCUUCCUUCAGGAGCACGCAGGACCAAGAAAACCUGGCCAGUGAGUUUCUCCCAGGAGGAACUGAAGAAACGCCUCACCCCGCUGCAGUACCGUGUUACCCAGGACAGAGAGACAGAGAGUGCCUUUACAGGAGAGUUUACGCAUCAUAAAGAUGAGGGGACCUACACCUGUGUUGUCUGUGGGACCCGCCUUUUUAGCUCCAAGUCUAAGUUUGACUCAGGCUCAGGUUGGCCUUCGUUCUCUGACCUGAUGAAUGGAGAGUCCAUCACUCUGUCAGAUGACUUCUCCCAUGGGAUGCACCGAGUGGAGACGACCUGCAGCCAGUGUGGAGCACACCUGGGACACCUGUUCGAUGAUGGUCCAAGGCCCACAGGAAAACGUUACUGCAUUAACUCAGCUUCACUGGCUUUUCAGCACGAAGACGACUGCUGUUCCUCCUCCCCCUUCCCUGAGGGUAAAGCAGCCAGUAGCUCUGAGAAUGAUGGAAAGACUGAACCCUGAACGAAAGCAGCACAGACCCAUCAUCAAGUCACUGGUCAUGUGUGCUUUGGAUGUGUAGUUUCAUACCAGAAACCAAAAACAAUUAAACCAGUGACAUAUUCUGUGUAAAUAACUUUAUUUGUGCUUUCCUCCAUCAAAGCAUCACUGGGAGUCAGUGGAUCUUGUAAUGAAUCAAAUAGAGGGUAAAUUGGAUUAAAUAAAUUGCUUAAGAGCUAUUUAUUUCUAUUAUCAUUACUUGUGACCACUAGCUGUAAUACUCUCUUAAUUAUAGAACAUCACCUUGCUUGGUCUUAGGAUGAUUAAUUAGAAGGUUCUAGGAUUUUUUAAUUAUUAAGGGAUCGUUCACACUUCGUUUAUGAUUCAAGAACCAGUCAGUGUUUGCAAACAAAUAAUCAUUUAUUUUACAAACAAUUAAGACUUGACAGAUUGUUUAAACUAUUAUGUGAGUGGAUGCAAACUAAAAGAUGGGUGUCUGGAAACUGUGUGAAUAUAGUGUUAGAGUCGAAAUCUCCGUAUCCCAGAUAGGGGUGCGUUCUGGUUAUAAAAGAAUUUGGUUUGCAGAUAAGCUAUAAGCUGUUAUUUAUCAAACUGCAUACAGAUGCUAUCUGUGUGUCUAUAUUACCGUAGAUGCACCCUCUUGGUGAAUCCGAAGGUCAGAGUGGUGGGAUGACCGCUGGCACCGGAGGGCUGUAGAGUACUGAGGUGCCGUCCUUUCAGCCCUAGAGAUGUGUCUCGGGUCACGACAGAUGGAUGGAAACCACACGUCUUAAAAUAACUCUGAAGGAGUUUUGCAAAAUCAGCUUUGUUCUGCAGGAAAACUAUCUUGUUGUUCAGCUUCGCAGGUGAAAAAAGCUUUAAGGUUUUGACAGCGUGUCAAAAUCUUUCUGAGCUAGAGAUUUGCUAAGAGAUGGCCAGUCUCCAGCUUUCUCUCCCGACUGACGAGAAAGCAGAGCGGCUGGUCUAUAUACCCGCUGUUAUUUAUAACCAAACUUACCAAGAAUCUCAGAAACACACGCUCUGAGACGCAGAGUCUCUGAGUCUAGGGACAAGGUUAGUUAUGUGUCAUGCGUUCUUAUCUUAACCUUACUGUCUGGUGUGAGCAGAUGGUGAUGACCUAAUCCAGUAAACAUACUUAAACAAUCCUUGAGUACAGAUUCAUGAACCUUUUAUUGCUUAAUUAUACGUGACAAUAUGUAAUGGUUUUUAAUCAUAAAAUCUUCUUUCUUCCAUGACUAUUUUGAAAUAUAAAGUUACUUUUCAUUAUGAAAUCUUCUUUCUUCUGGGAAUAAAGAUUUAUCUAAAACAAUUCUCUUGUGAACGGCGUUGGCUGCUACUGUUCAUAUGAAACUGUGCUCAGCUGAUGAAGUCAUCUGAUUAAAAUGCUGAGUUGUGCAGACUCACGGACUCCUGACAAGGGAAGAUACAGCAAAACAUGUAGUAGCCAGGGUUAUUUGCUCUGGCUGCAUAUGACCUGUGGGAUCUUUAAAAUCAGGCCAUUUGGUGACGUUACAUCUCAACUCUGCGUUUCUAGUCUAAAAUUUCCUUACAAAAGGCAAUGAACCCCCUGAGACUGCCUUAUGCUGACAUGUGUGAAAUGAUGAAAACUGUAAAGGCAUUUGGUUUACAGUGAAGAUGUUCCAUACCGCGACCUGUGUGCAGACCAUGUGUUUUCAGGUUCCCACUAAUAAACGACUCCGAGCCACCACAAGCCUUGGUUAGUGAUGCAGUGGCUGGGAUCUGUUCAAAGGGUUUCAAACAAACACAUUUGUUGUGUUUAUGAAUAGUCACUUUGCAUUCAUACAUUUGUAUACAUUGUAUUCUCCCCAAAUAGAUGCAAAAAUCAAAACAACCACUAGUGGCUCAUUAAGGUUACCGUGGUAACGUUCAGAAAUAGCCUUUAUUGAACUUUAUCAAUUGAUGCUGCUGUGAACAACCCUCAGGAAACCCACUUAGGGAUGUUUUACCCAGACAGAAACAGUGAUCUGUUCAUGUCAAAGUUUUCCUAGAGGGAGCAGCCAUCAGCAAGCCCACAUGACCAGAGCCUCUGUAUGUGUGUGCUUCACAGAUAAUUAUGAACUUAAGUGCACACGAUAAAGGCUAUGACUUUUAGGGGAUUUCUGCUUGCAGGAGCUGUAUCAUGUUUAGAUGGGAGCUUUUGUGUGUGUGUGUGUGUUUUCUUAAGUUAUUCUGCAGCCCAAUGGGGUGAGGCAAUGUUUGUAUUUGUAAUAUUCACUUAAUAAAAUAUUUAAAAAGAUAAAAAAAAUAGCUUCUUUUUUUGCCACACUAAAUCCAUUUGGGUGCACACUUCCUAACUAUAAUGCAGCUGCAUUUCCUGAUAGAAAACAAAAUUUGUCCUGUAGUUUAAAAUCUAGUGUAUAAUUUAACACUAACUGGUGUUUGCAGCUCAAAUUACUUAGGAAAUGAAGCUUCACACAGCAAUGACAUACCAAUGGACAGCAGCACUGGACUUUUAGAAAUGUGUAAGUCCUGUUGGUCAUGUGUUAAUUACAUAGUCAGGUUGAUGCUGGUUUUCAGACAAGGUUCAUGUCAGCAAAGAUUUUACUUUUAUUUUGUCUUACAUAUCCUGACAAUUCUUACAAAGCAAGUCAAUCAUUGAUGAAAAAUGCUGAGAAACAUUAUAUAACAGGUCUAGUGACAUUAAAAUAGCACAGAACCCUUGUUAAAAAUAAAUAGGUUUUGGUUUAAUAUCAGAACUGCUACAAAACUCUUAAAAUGUCAAACUAAGAACUAGAUCCCUCACCCUUUAGACGGUUUCUAUAUUCAUUACAUUCUCCAACGCAGUGCCAGUUAAAACAAGGGAGCGGGAAAAAAGCAUAAAUUUAAGGCACAGUUGGAUCAUCCGCUGCAAACUGCAGCCAUCGAACACAAGAAAUGUGCACCAUCUGUACAAUUUUACACAGCAAAACCUAAAUCCAGGUUUUUAUUCACUGCAUUAAAAUAACUCAAGUUGCUGUUUCACAAGCUCAAACACAAACAGGAAGUUAUUUAUGCCUCCAGUCCUUGCCCUGGAUUUAUUAAUAAAACUUUCUUU